AUUGGUCCUGGCAUUCCGUUCACGCCCAUACCUUCGGGGUAGCCAUGGCUGGCGCAGCGGGUAGAGUCGUCCGGCGCUGGAACCCUCAAGUGCUGAGGAGCUGGCUCCUUAAACUUCCUGGGUUCCCUGCAGGUCCCAGCACUUCAGCUGCACGUGAGUAAAACAGCAAUGAGAGCCAGUCAGAAGGACUUUGAAAGUGCACUGAGUCAGGUGAAACUCUUGAAGGAUCCAGGAAAUGAAGUGAAGCUAAAACUCUAUGCGCUGUAUAAGCAGGCCACUGAAGGACCUUGUAAUACACCCAAACCAGGGGUGUUCGACUUGAUCAAUAAGGCCAAAUGGGAUGCAUGGAAUGCCCUUGGCAGUCUGCCCAAGGAAACUGCGAGGCAGAACUAUGUGGAUCUGGUGUCUGGUUUGAGUUCUUCUGACUCCUCCAGCCAAGUGAAACCUGAAGCAGACAGGAAACAACCAGGAUAUGAAACCCUGGUGGUAACCUCUGAAGACAGCAUCACAAAGAUCAUGAUGAACCGGCCAGCCAAAAAGAAUGCAAUUACAACUCAGAUGUAUAAUGAAAUCAUGCUUGCACUUAAAGCUGCCAGCAAGGAUGACUCUGCCAUAACUGUUCUAACAGGAAAUGGUGACUAUUACUCUAGUGGGAAUGAUCUGUCUAAUUUCACUGAUAUUCCCCCUGAGGGAAUAGAGGAGAAAGCUAAAAGUAGUGCCAUUUUACUGAGGGAUUUUGUAGACUGUUUUAUAGAUUUUCCUAAGCCUCUGAUUGCAGCGGUAAAUGGUCCAGCUGUGGGAAUCUCCGUCACCAUUCUUGGGCUAUUUGAUACUGUGUAUGCAUCCAGCAGGGCAACAUUUCAUACUCCUUUUAGUCACCUAGGCCAGAGUCCAGAAGGAUGUUCUUCUUACACUUUUCCGAAGAUAAUGGGCCCAGCCAAGGCAGCCGAGAUGCUUAUUUUCGGAAAGAAGUUAACCGCUGCAGAGGCAUGCGCUCAAGGACUUGUUAGUGAAGUGUUUCCUGAUAGCACUUUUCAGAAAGAAGUUUGGACCAGGCUGAAAGCAUAUUCAAAGUUGCCCCCAAAUGCCAUGAGAAUUUCAAAACAGGUCAUCAGGAAUAGGGAGAAAGAAAAGCUACAUGCUCUUAAUGCCGAAGAAAGCAGAGUCCUCCAGGAAAGAUGGCUGUCAGAUGAAUGCACAAAUGCAGUCAUGAACUUCUUAACCCGAAAAGCCAAACUCUGAUGCCUAUCACCGAAACAUUAAACAUUUCAAAGGAAGGGAUGUGCUAUCAUUUGUGAUUUCUAAUACUUGAACUGAAUAAACCGUGCUGAAUUAUCACUUA